UGGAGUAGGGUGAAAUAGAGGCGGGCGUGUGUCACCGGGUAGAUACCCGCGGCCAGGUACAGGCGGAGGCACUGACGACACCGGAGUGGAUGCGCUCUCGGGCUGGGGCUUCUGGGGAGUGAGCGCACGAGUAGCCGCCGCCCGGAGCCGCCCGCCGGCCGGUCCCCCUGCGCUGGGGCGGGCAGCCCGUCCGCGCCGCACCCGCCGCACCCGCCGCCGCCAGCCCGCCUCAUGGCCACCAGGGUGCUGACCAUGAGCGCCCGCCUGGGCCCCGUGCAGCAGCCCGAGGAGCCGGUGUUCGCGCAGCUCAAGCCCGUGCUGGGGGCCAGGGAGGCGGCGAUCUUCCCCGGGGAGGACCUGAAGCAGCAGCCGCCGCCGCCGCCUCAGCAGCAGCAGCAGCAGCACCCGGGGGGUGGCGGCGGCGGGGACGGCGGCGCGACUCUGCCGGCGGAGGAGAUGGUACAGACAAGAUGUGAAAUGGAGAAAUACCUGGCGCCUCAGCUCCCACCCGUUCCCGUCAUCCCCGAACAUAAGAAAUACCGAAGAGACAGUGCCUCUGUUGUAGACCAGUUUUUCACUGACAGCGAAGGGUUGCCUUACAGCAUCAACAUGAACGUCUUCCUCCCCGACAUCAGCCACCUGAGAACUGGCCUGUACAAAUCUCAGCGACCCUGCGUAACCCACAUCAAGACAGAGCCGGUCACCAUCUUCAGUCACCAGAGCGAAACUACUGCCCCUGCCCCUGCCCCCACUCAGGCUCUCCCUGAAUUUACCAGCAUUUUCAGCUCCCACCAAACUCCCGAUGUGAACAACAUUUUCAUCAAGCAGGAGCUUCCUACUCCAGAUGUUCAUCUUUCCGUCACGCCCCAGCAAGGCCAGUUAUAUCAGCUCUUGAGCUCACCGGAUUUAGAUAUGCCCAACACUACUACUCAGGCAGCCGUCAUGGACUCCCUUAACAAUGUCUCCAUGCCGUCAGCCAUGGCGGGCCUUAACACGCUCUCCUCGGCUGUUCCACAGACUGCGAUGAAACAGUUCCAGGGCAUCCCCCCCUGCACUUACACCAUGCCAAACCAGUUUCUGCAGCAGCAGGCCACUUACUUCCCUCCUUCGCCCCCGAGCUCAGAGCCUGGAAGCCCAGAUAGACAAGCAGAGAUGCUACAGAAUUUAACCCCUCCUCCAUCAUACGCCGCAACCAUAGCUUCCAAGCUGGCAAUUCACAAUCCGAAUUUACCAGCGACUCUGCCCAUAACCCCCCAGAAUAUCCAGCCAGUCAGAUACAACAGGAGAAGUAACCCAGAUCUGGAGAAGAGACGCAUCCACUACUGUGACUAUCCCGGCUGCACAAAAGUUUAUACAAAGUCUUCUCACUUAAAAGCGCACCUGAGAACUCACACGGGUGAGAAACCGUACAAGUGCACGUGGGAAGGCUGCGACUGGAGAUUCGCUCGCUCAGAUGAAUUAACGCGCCACUACAGGAAACACACGGGGGCAAAGCCCUUCCAGUGCGCUGUCUGCAAUCGCAGCUUCUCCCGCUCCGAUCACCUGGCUCUCCACAUGAAGCGGCAUCAGAACUAAAAGCUGGACUUGUCGCUGAGGCUGUUUUGUAUCUAUGCAAUUUCCUAUUGACUCUUGACAUACAACUAAAAUUAGUUUAAUUUUUGACUAUGGGUUAUCCAUUUAAACGAAAUCUCAAAAGAAACUGGAAAUGUAUAUUUUGUAUAUUUAUGCAGAAAAAAGGGAAGACACUGUAUCAUGAUACCAGAGUGCUCAGUCGUUUGUUCGCUCUCAUGAUGUAGAUGGCUUUAGUCAGCAGGUUUCAUCUCUUUACAAGUAUUAUGUCUUGACAUGUUGCAGCUUUAUACCCUUUUUUUUCCUCUUGCGGUGUUUUGACCAAAGCACUGUCAUUAUUGUGACAGUGUUUAGUAAACGAAUUAGUGAGAGGCUGCAGAUGAAUGAACACAGUGGAAAAGCCAUGAACUGUAAUCUGUCAGGUUUUUACUUGGACAUAUUUAGUACUUGUGGGUUUUUUUUAAAUGUUAAGUCAUUCUGUGGAGACAAAAUACAUAGAAAAAGUCAUGAACAGCCAUAGAACAAAACAUUUUGUUCUGUAUGUUGCGUGUUUGCUAUGACAAAGAUUUUGUAAAUAUGCAAAUCAGCUUUUUAGGUUUAAUACAAAAGUUUUCUAAGAGUCAUCUGAAAAAAGCAGUUUUACAUUUGUUAACGCAGCACAUUUACAAAAAAAAGUUAAAUACCUCUCAAAACAGUACCAACUUAGCUUCGUUUUUCUUAAGAGAAAUGAGCUAAGUGUUCAGAUGUUUUGUACCUGUUAACUCAAAACGGUGUGCACUGAAUAUUCAAAGCAGGAUUUUGUUUUCAAAUUGCUUAAAAGGGCAAAACAUUUAGAAUGAACUGUAAAGUCAAUGUUGGAAGCUUAGGUAGCGGGGAUAGUUACAAUGAACACAGAAUGUUAAACCUCUUACUAUAAGCUAAACUUAGUAUCACUUUAAAAAGAAGGAUUUGGGAUGCAAUUUUCAUAUUCAGACAUGUUAAGCUGGUUCAGCACCAGUAUGAUCUAGUUUCAUGUGGAUAUUGCAUGUAAUUUACUGGAAGGUAAAGGAUACAGUAAUUUUGUUUAAAAUUACAGUGCAGUUUAGUUAAUCCACGGUUCAGAUUGACACACGCAGGGGAAAAUUUACUGCUGACAAAAGGAGCUGAAACUCCACUGAAGUCGAGGAAGUGGUGCCCUUUUAUGCUAACAAUGACUUUGAUUCACAGUGUUCAGCCUUGAAAGAGUAGGUGAAGGGCCAAAGACGAGGUUCGACCGUGUAGGAUUUGGCCAGGCAACAGGAGAAAACCAAACAAACCUAACAAGUGUCUGGACUUCACAAGCCGUAAUAUUAAGCUGUCAACCAAAGGCUAGAAUAGACAAUCAAAAUACCAAAAAAAGGGUCUUGCAGGAAAACCUAGCUUUGUUAAAACUGUUGUUUGUCUUUAUUUAUUUGUGGUAUAUGAUAGACUCUUUUUUUUUUAAGACAAUUUUACAUACACUUGAUAAAUUAUAGUUUUGUUUCUUCUAGUUAGAAAUGUUGCUCUUAAUGUAAAUAGUUGACGAACGAUGUAAAUAAUUUUGUAAGGCUUCAAAUGUUUAUACGUGGAAACACAUGCAGAAAUUGGCUGCUGUUUUGCUUCUUUUGCUCCCCCCUACCUUAUUUUUGUAUUGUGGUAUCUCCUAUGCAAAUGAUGGAGCAAACAGCUGUAUAGUUCUAGAAUGUUUUGAGAGAGAAUGAAACGGUUUAUAUAUAAAGACUUUUUUUUUUUUUUUUUUGCAAAAUAAAACAAAGUGCCUAAUG